AUGAUUUUCAUUAUCUUAGGGCGUCCAUUAACAAUCUGCGACGCAACCGUUCCCACAACAACCACACUGCUUUGCCUCUCUGAAGUCUGCGAGUUUGAUUAUCAAUUAUAUACAUUUACCUAUGUAACUCGCAAUGGUUCUAAUAGUAGUCUUCUUCGGUUUAAUUUCCGUCACGAUUCAAUGUUUUGGGCCUUGGAUGGUGUGCAAGUCAUUGAUUCAGUUAGUUUCGCACCUGUGAUUGCAAAUGGCGGCUUUGAAACAAUAAAUUCAAACGAGUCAUGGACAGUAUGUAAUCCAUCAAAUUCUUGUUUUCCAGGCGAAAUAUCGAGUAAUUAUUCUCGAACUGGACAAUAUAGUUACCUUGACGGUGCUAUGAACAAUCCAGAUUAUUUAGUACAACUAUUUCCAACCGUCAGUGGGCGCUUGUAUUUCGUUAGUUUCUGGCUUAAAAAUUUAGGAUCAGGUGUGAACAAUGCAACUAUCACUAUUGGAUCAUGA